GAAAAUCCGAAGUGGGUGAAGGUGGCUUUAUUCCAAGGAGAGAGGAAAAGCUCAGCACAUUCACAGGGGUCAGGCCACGUGCCGGCAGGGCGCUUGGGGGGCUGUGCUUUGCUCCCCUCCCCCCCUCCCCCAGGAACGCUGGGCUCUGCACACAUGAACUGCAGCACAGAGGGACCUGCCUCUUGUGACCUGUCCACCUGGGUCCAGGACCCCAGGGGACGGGCAGCUCCUCCCGACUAUCAGGUGCGGCUGACACGUGCUUCCCAGGAGCCCCGGCUCUCAAGCUCGUUCACACCCUCUCCGCUGUGCCAGGCCUGCCCUGAGGGAGGCGCCCAGGACACGUUCGCCUGCAGGGAGCAGGACACACAGAGGGCGGGAAGCCCCCAGAGACGGCAGGCCCCCAGGAGAAGGACACGCCAUCCCUCAAGAAUGGUAGCCUGUUUCGCAGACCCAGCCCCGUGGGUGGGGCUCAGACCCCUGAGGGUCAGACGCCGGCGGGGCCACGAACUCCAAAGCACACAAGCCCUGACCGCAGCCUUCCGGACAAGUCUGCACGUUUACGAAACCACCACGUCCAAGGGCACGGACGAGCCCAAUGUGACUUCUCUGACGAGUUCAAAGUGUUCCUCAAAGAUGCGAUGCCCUUUGAUCCCAACUGCCAGCUCAAUCCAUCCCCUGGAAGAAGACUCAAGGGAGCCCCUCUUCAUCAAGCUGCAGUGCGAGAAGCCCAACACCCCUCAGCUGUGGGGUGUCUGCCCUGUGGACAGAGGGGGAAGAUGCCCACGGUUCCCGCCCCUCGGCACGACUCGGACAAGCGAGGGACAGAGAGCACAGGCACACCACUGAGCCCGAGCUGUGCUCACAGUCCUGGACGCACAGCCCUCCCUAGAAGGGGACACAGUACGUGUAACAUGAAGAACAAGGUUUGUUAUGCGAGGUUUGAAGCUCACGCUGGGCCUUCCUCAAGGCCACUCAGAACCGGGCGAGACCACAGGGACCUCCACCCAGGCCCAGGCGCCCAGCCCUGCUGGCCUCCAUCAGCCCGUUGGCCUUGCAGCCACCAGAACCAGACAGGACUCCGCCAGCCACGGGGCCAGAGGCACGGUCACUCCCGGACCUGAGGGCCAGCCAGCAAGAGUGGGUGAGGGCCAGUGGGGGAGCGGGACCCACACCCGCCUCCAAGGCCACAGGGGCAGGCCUUCCACGGUGCAUUUCCAGAGGCCCGGACGGCGCUGCUCACCUGGGCAGACGGGAGUCCUGGGGCAGGUGUGCCGAGCAGAACCCACAGGUUACGCGGUGCCGCUGGCCUAGACCCGAGCUUCGCAAAAGGUGCGGAGCCUGUGUCCGAAAGCAACCCUCGGACCUGACACCGUGACGGGGAGCAGUCUGUGCACCGUCCCCAGUGAGAAGCCCACCGUCACCCGGGCCACCAGGUGACUUUUGCACACAGGUGACAUCAUCUGCGGGGCCCCUGGUGGGAAGCCCAGGCAGACGGCCCCCGCAGCAGAGGCAUUCUGCAGCGGGCGACACCCUCCCGACGGCCACCGAGGGCCGCACACGGGGCUCCUGGAGGAUACAUUUCGGGGAGCACCACCUGUGCGUGCCUCUCCCGAGACCUGUGUGAGCAGAAAUGCAAACGCUGACGGUCCCCAGGUGCGGAGGGAGCCGUGAUCCUGCGCUCACGAGCUGGACGGCGCUUACAGACCCCGGGUCAGCACACGCGCAGACGAACCCACACCCUGGGUCCUGGCGUCCAGUCAGUGCUCGAUAAACGCUGGCUACGCUGUUACCAAACACCAUAGUUGUCAUGAGCUCAUACCUUAAGGUAAUAUGAAUGCCUAUAACAUUAAGUUACACUACUCAUCACUUAAUAAGAACCAGAAGUUCAAUAAAAAAUGUCCUACUUGCCCGCCAGCUUUACCUACACAAAAACUCACUAAGAAAUACACCCACAGACUGAAAGCAAAACAGCCGAGAACCCUACUGAUUUAUGUCCCCUCACACACCCGAGUUACUUUUCUUAGGCACCAACAUACACAGAGGCUGUUCUGUGUACCUGGGAGACCAUCUUAUUAAACUUUUGGGUCAAGAUAUUCUGGGCUCCAAAAUAAUAUAGUUUGUCUUUUCUAAAACUGAUUAAAAUAAAUUGGAUACUACAAGCCAACUGCCCAAAGUGGCUUAGAAAACAAUCAGUUCUGCUCCUGGCCAAGAAAUAAAGCAGAAAAACCUAAAUAUCAAUACCUACCUCAGCCCAAGAUUAUUUUGUGGGUCGUCAAUAUUGGUAUUUCAUUAAAAAUAUAAGAGAAAAAAGUCUCUGCCAAGUGCCCUCCAAAAAACAAACAAGGCACUCAGCGCGCGCCCCCAGCCCAGCCAUAAGCUCUCAGCACUGGGUACCCAGGCAGGGUCCCCCAUCACACAAAGCCCGUGGCCAGCUGACCUCCGAGCUGGCCGGCAGGAGGAACCCUCGGCCUGAGAAGGCUGCUCCAGGAUGGACGCUUGCUUGUCUCUGAGUCCCAGAGUGUGGCCACCACACCUCUGUCAGCAGCCUGUCCUGGAACAACCCCCGUCCACAGUUAUUCACCUACACGUCCCUCCAAGGGCGUGUCUGUGGGGGUCCCAGAGCUGGUCAAGCACAAUGGAUGGCCUGGCUGGGCCCCAUCUGGACGUCUGAUUGGCCCCUGCACAGCCCUCAGGCAGGCAGGACAGGGCCCUGUGACCGAUGGGUCACGUCUCCGGAGUAGACAGUGGGGAGCCAGGUGGGAACCCAGACCCCCGCCUCUCGGCUGUAGGCUCUACCUGCUCCAGCGUGGAGGUGAGCAAAUCUGUAACUUGGAAAGAUCCACAGGCAAGCCCCAGCACGGCCGUGAUUAAGGAAGCAGGGAAUCAGAGUAAGUAUAAAUAACCAUCCCUGAAGAGAUCUAUAUUAAAGCCAGAAUGAAUUAUACCCAUUAGAAAACAGAAAGAAAGGUUAAAAAAAAAAAAAAUUCCACCGAUUCGGAGGCUGUGGGAAAACAGAGGAACUUAUUAACUGCUGGUGGGUGAUCAGGCAUAAGGCUGACCCCAGUCGGGUAUUCCAAACCUAAGGCGUCAUCCCUGGAAAUCAUUUUUCACAAAAGGAGACACAGGGGGAAAGCUGCUGAUGGCACCACUAAUUUAUGACAGUAGGAAACUGGGGAAACACCCACCCCCGGGCAGGGUCAGUCACGGCGCUCUGUUCCAGCACAGUCCUGGUCUACACCGCCAGCCCCGGAGCCGGG